AUGGCUAGCAAAUGCUCGCCAGAGGGUACACGAGUUAGCUCCACCGAAUCAGUUGACAUCGGCUCCGAUCCAUGCAUCACGAGUAGUAGGAAUUGUGGAUGCGCAGAUGAAUCGUUGAAGGGCCAAUGCGGCGAUGAAGAGGUGCAAGAAGACGACGUUUCCUGCGGUGCCAGCAGGGUUGGUGCCAGCAGUGGCGGAGAAGCCGUGGACGCCAAUGAGGGCCACGUGAAGGAUAUUGGCCCAGCCCUCACGUCGAGAGUCUACUCAGGAAAGGCUGCAGACAAACGAAUCAGCAUCGCAAUAUCAUCGAAAUUUGGGAAGGCGACCCACUCGGCGAUAGCAUCACUCCAAUUUAGACCGUCGAGUCGAAAACUUACCCUCAAAGAACCCGACCCAAGAACUCGAGGCCGGGGGGAACUCGGUGCGUGGGCGGGAAUCGACACUGUGCGACGACAUGGGAGCUUGCGUUGCGGGCAGGCUUCGUGUGGAGGCGCUAGCGGGAGGAGUGGGGUGGAGGGACGGGAGUGGGUGGAUUGCGCUAAGGUGAGCACAUCCGCAUGCGAAGGCGCCAGUGUGCCGUUCGUGGCUGCGAAUGAACUCACGCACGCACGCCAACGCGAACACGACGACAAGGAUGAAGACGAGGGAGAUCUGGCUGGGAAAUGGUCAGCUAACGCGCAGAGUACACAACGUAUCGACGUUGGGCGCGUUCAUAUGAAGACAUGCAGACGAAGACGAAGAGGGAUGGAGACGGGGAUGCAGCGAAUCGCAGGGGACGCACAUACCGAGGACACUGAGGUCGACGCACCCCACACGCCGUCGUCGUCGAGAUCGAGCUCGAACGGGGAUCCGAUGCGAAUACUCGACGACAGGAGUGUCUGUCUGUCUGUCUGUCUGAGCGUGGCUGCCCAGGAUGCUCGCUGGCUUCACAUCCAUCCGACACCCAUCCAAGAGUCGAGCGUACGAGGGAAUGUACGAACGAACGACCGCAACGACGAGCGCGGACGCUCGACUGCGUAUCGCGCGGGCCUGUGCAAUGGAAGGCGUCAGUCGAUGCAACAUGGGCAUGAGGCGACGACGGGGCAACUUACGGAGGAUGCGAUGGCGGCAGACAGCCGACGAACGAGCGAGGAUGGGUGGCGCUGGGGGCUGUACAGCGGUGGCGACGAUGAUGGAGAGGAUGUCGAACGUGGAGCGAGGGGAGGGAGGACAGUCAGUAAGCGACCCGCAAGGCCAGGAUAG